AUGGCGACUCCUCGAGCCCUCGUUCGAAGCAUACAUAAGCUUCAAUUCUCCUCCUCCCAGUCCCUAUCGCAUCUUAGGCGGCCUGCUCUCUCUACAUAUAGCAGGAUAAGAUCCGAGGCGCCAUUAAUAUGCCAUACCCGAGCGAGCGCUUCCAUACUCCGACAUUUUAGCACAUCUCCUCUACGUCAGCAUGGACAUAUACAUCCGCCUAAGCCAGGCGAGGAACUCUACGUGACGUUUAUCGACAAGGAAGGAAACGAACAUAAGAUCGCAGUUUCUAAGGGGGAUAACCUGCUAGACAUUGCGCAAGCGCACGACUUAGAGAUGGAAGGGGCAUGCGGUGGUUCGUGUGCGUGUUCGACGUGCCACGUUAUCGUCCUAGACGACGAAUACUACGAGAAGAUGCCCGAACCCGAAGAUGACGAAAACGACAUGCUGGAUCUGGCGUUCGGGUUGACGGAAACAAGCCGAUUAGGCUGUCAGGUUGUUAUGACUAAGGAACUAGACGGGCUAAAGGUCAAGCUGCCUUCUAUGACGAGGAAUCUGCAAGCGAGCGAUUUCGGCUCGAAAUAA